UCCUAUCUGCGAGAUGCAAUGAAAAACGUGACGAUGAUUUCACUAACCUCCAUUUCCAUGAUGAUCAACACGCUUCCUUCGAUCUCUCAGGCCUAUGUCGUACUGUCCUUUACUUUCUCCGUGACUUAGAAUACUUGUUUUUCCUGUCUAUGUCAAAGCGUUCCAUUUGCUCUGGUUAUACCGUUUUCGAAUAUCAUUGGUCCAGUCAUCACAACGGAAAGUCGCUACAAGAAACUGCUUCCUUCUUCCCACACAGCCAACUGUAUGACCUAUAUCGUGCUGGAUAUUCGAAAAGAAGUCGCUGCGCGGAACGAUUUUGUCAGUGUAGUGGAUGGCUGUGUGGAAGCCACUCUCUACUCGACUCUCUCCGCCGAUCAGACGACGCGGAUCCAUUACAUCCACGUGCCCUACAGUUCAGGAAACACCGAGGGAAAUGUGUAUCAGCAGAUGUGCUCUGCGUACCAGGACCCAAUCAUCAUUCUCUCCGACUCUGAAAACGAAGCCAGUCUGGUUUCGCUUGUUUUCCAAAAGGCGCAGCGAUCGUUCGUGUCGAUUGCGAUGAAUGAGAAAGACUCGAAGACCGACUUCCCGAAACUGCUGGACAUUCUGCUAUCGAACGACUACCAGACUCCCAAAAACUCGAUCAAACCGCUUCGAGGGUUGUUGGGUGGCUGGACUUGGUGGCGAAGCUGGAAGCAGCGCAGCGAUACCAACACGUCAUCGAGCGAUUAUUACAAGAGUGCCAGUGCUGAAGAGGAAAAGGUGGUGUUGGUCGCUCCGUCGCGGAAGGAAGACGCGUCGUUCAUUGAAGACUCGCAUUCGAAGAAGUAUUUUGAAGCGAUUCACAACUGUCUGGACGGAAUGAUGGCCGAAAUCGACCGCAGCUCGAUCGGUACGCAGAUCGCUGCGCAGCUGAUAACGAUCGUGAAUUCGCUGCUUUAUACCCAUUUGGUGAGGGUUCUUUCGGAGAGCGAAAUCGGCCAGGAUUUUGCGGAGAUCGAGGCGCUUCAAUUGGCGGUGAAAACGGAUGAAAGUUUGGGUCGUUCGGAUGCUUUGAAGGGAACGUAUUUGAUGAUUCUGACGAGGAAGAAUAUGUUGUUGGUGACCGCUGCGGUGGUUGAAGUGGGCAAAACAGAAGAGAGUCAGAAGGUGGAGGAAAGGAUUGAAGAGGAGGAACAGGAGGAACAAGAGGAGGAAGAACAAGAGGAGGAGGAAGAGGAGGAAGAGGAAGAAGAACAAGAGGAGCAGGAAGAAGAAGAAGAGGAGGAGGAAGAGGAGGAAGAAGAAGAGGAGAUUGAGGAUAAAUGUGAAUGUGAAUGCGAAAAUGAAAAUGAAUGUGUCACUGAUAUCAAAAAGGAAAGGACGGAUGAGGACAAAACAAGCUGCGAGGAUGAAAACGAACAAGAAAAUACUACAAGUGACGGCACAGCAAGCGAAGAACAUGAAAGAGAGAAAACCGAAAAUGAAUCUCUUGAAUCUCCCCAAGAGACCAAUCCCGCCGAUUCAUCAGAAAUCACCACCGAAACGACGAGUGAAAACGACGAUCCAAACUCCGCCGACCCCUCAAACACCAACGAAACAAAAACUCCAUUCAUGGAAUCAACAGACAUCCUUCCAUCGCAACAAUCGAUUUCCUUAGAAGAAGAAGAAGAAGAAGAAGAAGGAAUGAAUGCCGAAGAAGACAGUUUGGAUGUGGACGAGCAGCGAGAAAUGGAGAUCGUUUCCCGAAUCGUGGAGUCGCUGGAAAGGUUUGGAUCCUGUAGCGUGGACGAGGCGAAAGAAAUCGAUUGGAAUCACUGCGAGUCGUAUGUGGUGAAAGGCGUGAUCCCUCUGCAGGAGGUUCAGAACGUUAACAUCCUCGUUAGUGAAGAAAAUGGAGACACCACAGCUACAUCCCCACAAAUAAUACACAUUCGAUAUGGAUCAAAUGGAGAGAUCUAUCUUCAAGUGGAUUACGCGAUAUUUGUAGUGAAUGAAAUAAUGAAUCGAAUUGGAACCUUUUUAUCGGGUGUUUGUUUCAUAUGUUCGGUUGUUUGCGUUUGCUGA